CGCAAAAGUUCAUCCGAUCUAUUUGCUGCCACUAGUCCAUAUACAUCAUGAUGAGUCGGUCGUUGGCACUUUAUUCGGAUUUCUUAAGAUUUCUUCAGCGACUUGUUUACUGGAGAUCUUCCUUUUUGUAGUUCGUCGGCGUUGGUUCGCCGCCAUCGCCGAUCAGGCUGCGCAUCUUAUAAGAGCUGAGACAGACGUCGCCACCAGCAUUUCAAUUCCAAUCAUCACCCUUGCGCAUCUCUUUUCAUCCAUUCUCCUUUCGUAUUCAGCAUGGUAAAAUUAACCACUGUGCAUCAGCUCAACGCCGAGAGCGUCCAGAAGCCCAUUGUCGCCGUCUUUGUUGGCGGCAGCGGCAUCAGCCAAUAUGCCCUUUCAGCUUUGGCGACAACAGUAUCGGAAAACAAGGGCAAGCCGUUUAGAGCCUAUCUCGUGGGCAGAAAGCCAGAUGCAGCAAAAGAUGUCAUCGCGGAAUGCAACAAAUUGAGCCCAGAGAGCAGCGUCAUAUUUGUUCAAGUAAAUGAUUUAGCGCUGAUGAAGAAUGUUGACGAGGUAUGCGCAAAGAUCCAAGAGGCCGAGGCCAUGCAUCAAGAUGGCAGAAUUGAUUACCUCUUGCUCUCGCCGGGUGCAGUCAUUUUCCAGGCCAGAGACGAUACUCCCGAAGGUCUCGACAGAACAAUGGCCCUCAUGUACUAUGCCCGCAUCAGAAUGAUCCUGCGGCUCAAACAGCUCCUCUUGCAGUCUUCGUUUCCGGCAACGGUUGUAUCUGUUUUUGCCGGUGGCUAUGAAGAAAAGCUCAUCGCUGACGAUGUUUCUCUCCGAAAGCCAGAAAAUUACAAAUACACCCAAGCGCGUUCCCAUGUGGUCUACAUGUACACGCUCUUCUUUGAACAUUUGGCCAGGGAGAAUCCUGGUAGACUGUCACUCAAUCACGUCUUCCCAGGACUAGUCACGGGCCCUGGCUUUUACAACCCGCAACUACCACUCGUCUUUCGCCUCUUUUGGCGCUACCUUUUCGUGCCUCUCCUGUCGGGUUUCGUUUGCGUCCCGCAUGCAGAGUGCGGCGCCCGAAUGCUGAGCUUGCUCUCGGCCAAGUAUCCAGCAGCCUCUGACAGCGAGCCCGUCCAAGAUGCGAUCAAAUCCACAAACGGCAAGCUUGGUGGCGGUAGCUACGCCUUGGGUUGGGAUGGUGAAGACGUCUUCAAGCCAGAAAGGUACGCCGACAAGGCUAAGGAUGCUCUCGAGAAGCUCAUGUACAGUCACACCAUGAAUGCUCUUGAUACCAUUGCUUCAGGGAAAGUGUUCACCGAAUAGUCCCGUUUCUCACCAUUACAUCAACUCUUUCAUUUUCGUGGCAACAUACCAAAUUGAAUCACAAAACAAGACAUCCAUUUGAAAAUCUAUGUGCAACGUAAACCUUUAAACGCCAGACAAAAUGCAAACCAGUAGUCAUAAACCAAGAUCCCGCAUAAACUUAUGAUCCAGGGGCAUCCGGCAAUCUCUCGAUAACGUACUUUCCGCGAGCCACACUCAUCAGAGGCACACCAGGAAUCUUGCGCAAGCGUUGCUUGAGGGCCUUGUCGUUGGUGCCAACAAUGUAUAUUCUGUUCUUACUGACUCGGUCGACAAUGCAGUCAUCGGCAUAGACGCCCUUGUGGUCGCAAGUCAGUCGCGUCCAACGCUCGUCACGGGCCACUCGCAGCGCAAGACGGUACUUGGGUCCCAGCUUCUCCAACUCGGCCAUGACGCACGAGGUGAUAAUUGGGUUACACUUGGCGUACAGGCAGUCCAUCAUCGACUCGAGCAUCGACAGCUUGCGCUGGAUCGUGUGACUGAGAAAGUUGGUAUCGACGAGGACGUUGUAGGGCGGGACGAGGGCGGUGUUGUGCUGGAAGAACAUGUUGGAGGGCAUCUGCGGCGCCUCGCGGAUCAGCUCGCCGGAUGCUGUCUUCUUCUCCUUCAUCUUUUGGAUGGCCUCGGCCUUGGCCUUGUUUUCCUUAAGGCGGGCAUCGCGCUGGCCAAUUACUCGCUUGACCUGAAGAGUUUUU